AUGUCCACCCUUUCAGUAUUCUUGGAUGUGCCUGCAGCCCAGAAGCUGGACGGCUGCUUGUUAAGGGCCUACAAACAAGACGAUUGCCCUGACAAGCUAUUCCUGGCCUAUAGAGUCUGCAUGACCAGCGAAGGCCAGCCCUGGGUUUCUUCCGUGGUGCACAAGACCCGCCUGCAGAUUGCACAGGAUCCCUCGCUGAACUAUGAGUACGUGCCGGUGAAGGGCAUGAAAUCAUUCAUCCAGGCCUGCUUGGAACUCCUCUUUGGAAAGCACAGCGAAGUCAUUAUGGAAAACAGGGUAGGGGGUAUACACACUGUUGGUGACAGUGGCGCUUUCCAACUUGGGGCCCAGUUCCUCAAAACUUGGCGUCAGGAUUCUCAAAUAGUUUACAUCAUUUCUUCUCAAAAAGAACCGCAUGGACUCAUCUUCCAGGAAAUGGGCUUUACAGUUUACGAACACUGCUUCUGGGACUCCAAGCAGCUGUGCAUGGACCCCAACGUGCUCCUCAAUGUGGUGAAGCAGGCCCCUGGUGGCUGUGUCUUUGUGAUCGGGAACAUUGCCAGCUGCAAGCUGAGCCAGUAUCAGUGGGAAAAGUUGAUAGCCGCCAUGAAGAAGAAGCAGAUAUUUCCAUUUUUUGACAUUCCCAAUCAAGGUUUAUUCACUGGUGACCUAGAAGAAGAUACUGGAUUCUUAAAAUACUUCGUGUCUGGAGGCUUGGAGUUCUUCUGCAGCCAGUCGCUGUCCAAGAAUUUUGGCAUUUACGAUGAAGGAGUGGGGCUCCUGGUCGUGGUGGCGCUCAACAACCAGCUCCUGCUGUGCGUCCUCUCCCAGCUGGUGAAAUUAGCUCUGGCCCUGUGGCUAAACCCUCCUACCUCCGGUGCCCGCAUCAUCACCUCCAUCCUCUGUAACUCUGCUGUGCAGGAAGCCUGGAAGCAGAGUCUGAAAGAGGUUGUAGAAGACAUCAUGCUGAUUAAAGAAAAGGUCAAGGAGAAGCUCCGGCUCCUGGGAACCCCUGGCUGCUGGGACCACAUCACCAACCAGAGUGGGACCCAUUGCUACCUUGGACUUGACCUCCAACAGGUGGAAUACAUGGUCAAGAAGAAACAUAUCUACAUCCCCAAGAAUGGUCGGAUUAACUUCACCUGCAUCAAUGCCUGCAACAUAGAUUACAUCACUGAGAGCAUCAACGAGGCUAUUCUCUUCACUAAGGGCUCAGGGAACUAUCUUCAGAAAGUAAAUGACUCCUAG